ACGGCCUACGCGCACUGGCACCUGAGGAAGAGGCGAAGGAAGACGAGAUGGCCGAGCAUUCAAGCGUCGCGUUCGUAGGUAAGGAACCACCGUCCGCCGCUCUGAAGUUAGCUCGGAUCCUCUCAUUCAGCGAUGACGUGGUGACACGAGAAGCGCUCCCGAUUUUGCUGGAGAUGAUGAGACAAGGCGGCUCCGCGGAUCCUCCUCCUCCUCCUCCUCCUCCCUCACUGCCCUCUGUUCCCUCUCCUUCUUCUCCUUCUUCUCCUUCUCCCCGCGAGGACGGGGAGGGGUCUCUCGUGCUGACACGUGUCAAAGGCGCGAUGACGAACAAGGUUUAUGAGUGUCGCUGGCUAGGCAAGGAUGGAGAGUCGGUGAAGGUUCUGGUCCGGGUGUAUGGAGAGGGAUCGGGAUCUCUGUUCAGGAGGGAGGAUGAGCUGGCAGCCUUCGAGAUGAUGUCCCGACGAGGGCAAGGGCCGAGGCUGCUCGCGCGGUUUCCCGGCGGGAGGGUGGAGGAAUUCCUCAACGCGCGCACUCUUUCCGCCGCCGAUCUGCGCGAUCCGCAGACUUCCGCGCGCAUUGCGCGGAAGCUGCGCGAGUUCCACGAUCUCCCCGCGGGAACACCCACGGCCGCACCGGCGGCGGAAGAUGACCUCGCCCCCGAUCGCAAUCACGAUCGCGAUCGGGGUGGUGCAGAUGACGCACACACGUCUCCUCCUCCUCCUCCUCCUCCUCCUCCUCGUCCCCUGCUGUGGGAGAGACUCCGCCGGUGGAUGGCUAUCGCGAUGGAGAUAUCCUCCUCCUCCUCCUCCUCCUCCUCCUCCUCCCAAGCGAUCGAUCUCCGCCUUAACGAGCUUCAAGAAGAAAUUCCCCUCCUCAAGAAGCUCCUCGUGAUUGGCGAGGAAGCCACCCCUCCUCCUCCUCCUCCUCUUCCGCUGCAUUGCCGAACCCCCCCCGCCGUGGGGUUCUGUCACAACGACCUCCAAUAUGGCAAUGUCAUGAUUAAUGACGUGGACGGCUCCAUCACUCUGAUUGAUUACGAGUACGCCUGCGUUAAUUACGUGGCUUUUGACAUCGGGAAUCACUUCUGCGAAAUGGCGGCUGAUUACCAUUCGGAUGAGCCACACAUAGUCGACUUCGACAACAAGUACCCAGGGAGAGAGGAGAGGGAGAGGUUCGUUCGAAACUACCUUGGCAUGGAAGGGAGAGAGGAGGAGGUGGAGAAGAGGGGGGAGGAGGUGGAGAAAAGGGGGGAGGAGGUGGAGAAGAGGGGGAAGGAGGUGGAGGAGGAGGAGGACGGGGGGGGAGACGGGGGCGGGGAGGGGGGAAUUGGGAUGAGCAGGGGAACGAGAGUGGUGGGGAGAGAGGAGGAGGAGAAGGAGGUGGAGAUCCUUGCAGAAGAGGCACACAGAUUCUCUUUACUUAGUCAUAUUCAUUGGGGAUUGUGGGCAAUUAUUUGCUCGGCUCAUCCGUCUGCGGCAGACUUCGACUACGUUGGCUACGGGAAGAUGCGGAUUGAUUACUACUUCAAGGUGAAGGAGGAAUUGCUUGGUCCUCUAUUGUCGAUGACGUCAUCCUAUUCCGCCUCGUCGUCGUCGUCCGGAUCUCGGCCCCAGCCUGCCAUUACCGCCACCUCCUUCUCCUCCUCUUCUUCGCCUCGCUCUUCUUCUUCGCCUUCGUUGAUCAAUCAACCAACCAAUCAACCAAUCAGUCAACCAAUCAGUCAACCAAUCAGUCAACCAAUCAAUCAACCAAUCAAUCAACCAAUCAAUCAACUAAUCAAUCGUGGUUUUGUCGCCGAUGGCGUGGGAGCGGGGGAGGAGAUGGUCUCGUGUUGACGUCAGUGAUCCGAUGAUUGGAUUUCUUGAUUGGUUGCUGGGUUGAAGGAUUGGCCAGUUGAUUGAUUUGGUCGAUUGGUUGAUUGGUUAGUGGGAAGCCACGGAUGAGCGAGGACAUCGAACAGCUGUGAUUGAGGAUCGUUAGGGCUUCUUCACUGCCAAAUUGAGAGAGAGAGAGAGAGAGAGAGAGAGAGAGAGAGAGAGAGAGAGAGAGAGAGAGAGAGAGGGACACGGAUGCACGAGGAUGCUGACGUGUCACGCAGUUUGAUUGGAUUGGAAGGUUGAUGAUGUGGCAUGAUGAUGACGUGUCUGGCUGUUCUCUUUGACCGAGUUAUAGUCGAUAUGAUGGAGGUCAUCAAUCUACAAUCUACUCUACUCUCUCUCUCUCUCUUUCUCUUUCUUCCGCCAAUUUUUUUAUUUUUUAAUUUAGUAAUUCCCCGAUCUGUGCUUCUUGUGUCCGAUCCUUUCUGUUUUUCAUUUGCGUUAUUGUGCACCAGGGCAUCACAAUUUCAGCCACGUGGCAACCUGAUGAUUGUCUGCAAUCCCAUCUGGGGCGUUUUUUUUUUAAUUAAAUUGAAAAUUGAAAUGAAAAUAAAGUAAUCUCCCGCUG